UCAAAUGCGAUUAUUCAAAGAUGAAACCGAGCCCCGAGAGUUAGAGAGGCGUCCCUACCUGCACUAAUGAGUAAAUAGCAGUCCCAGAAUGAGAUUAUUGAAAGAUGGAAUCGAGCCCCCAAGGGUUACAGGAGCGUCUAUAUCCACUACGGAUGGGUCCCAAAUCUAAAAACAAAAAAAAAAUUAAACAGGAAUAGGAUUUGGAUUUGCUUUAUAAUAAGUCUCGUAAGUCGUACCGGUCUCUUAAAUCUCCGGCGGGACGCUUCAAAAAAGGUGAAACUGAAAAGACGACCACCGCUGCACUCUCUCCCACUUUCACAAUGGUCACCUGAAGUUCUUCUUCUUCCUCUCAUUACUCCUUUACUAGGGUUUUGUUUCUCGUUCUCCCUAUACUCUCAUCCAGUAACUGGUCUAUGAUUUUGCAGGCAGAUUUUACCGAAGAACUCGAACCCCUUUUCGAUUACAGCCGCGUGCAGCCUCUCAAUGUCAUCUCCCUCGACGACGACGACGACGACGACGAGGCGUCGGCUUCUCCUCCGAGCAAGAAGAGGAAGAAGGCUUCGAAUCCAGCAGUUGAAACGGUCGAUGACAGUGUGAAGGUUACAGUUAUUGAGGAUGACGACGAGGACUGGUUGCUUCCUCCGCCCAAAGUUACCAAGAAAUUGGGUGAUGAUUCCAUCUUAAAGGCGUUGAGGUUACAGAAGCAAGAACUGGCAUCAGCUGAGUCGGCUGAAAAUGUGGUCCGAGCUGUGGAGGAGUCUGUGAGACAAGAACUUCUUAGUUCCCUCCAAUCUUCACCAGAUGCUACGGCAGCGCCACAUCCAAAGCCCCAAGUUGAAAGGAACAAAGUAGUUAUAUCUAUUCAAGACAAGGAUGGAGUCAAGCAAUUUCGCAUAUACAUGGAUGACAAGUUUGAGCGGCUAUUCAAAAUGUAUGCAGAUAAAGCUAAGAUUGACAUUCAGAGUUUGGUUUUUAGUUUUGAUGGAGAUAAAAUAGGUCCAGAUGCCACACCUGAAUCACUCCGGAUGGAGGAUGAUGACAUGAUCGAAGUGCAUGAUACUUCAAACAAAAAAAGGUGUUUCUUCAACCAAGGCAACUCGAUGACACUGUUUUCCAGGGGGAAGGAUACCCGUGAAUGCUCCCAUAUGCUCCUUUUUGAUUGUUGAUGUAUCAGCGCAACAACUAUGCUUGUGCUUUCUCUCCAAUUGUAUAGUUGUAGUUCAAAUUCAGAAACUUCUUCAGAAUUCUUUUCAGGAACAAGUACAAGCUAUAAAGACAUAGCUCGACUGCUCGAGGAAAAGAAAAACACUCCUUGUACAAGAUUUUGUCGGAUUAACAGACUGGUUCCUUGUGUGUUUCUACA